CCCACAGCUCAGGAAUCCCCACAGCUCACACAGGCACACAGCUCCUCUUGGCGGCGCCUCUGACUUCUCCUUUUUCGUCGCCCUUCUCCUUUUUCGUCGCCUUCGAUCGGCGGCCGCCUCCUUCCUCCACUUCCGUCCCUUCACCGAGCCGCCGCCGCCACUAUGAAGGGACCCGGCCUCUUCUCCGACAUCGGCAAGAAGGCCAAGGAUCUACUCAGUAAGGACUACACUUACGACCAGAAGCUGACCAUCUCCACCGCCAGCGCCUCUGGACUGGGCCUGACUUCCACAGCUGUGAAGAAAGGAGGGCUUUAUUCUCUUGAUGUCAGUUCAGUUUACAAGUACAAGAAUACCACUGUUGAUGUUAAAGUGGACACUGAAUCAAAUAUCUCUACUACAUUGACCGUGUUGGACGCCUUGCCAUGCACAAAGCUUGUCACUUCUGUGAAGCUGCCUGACUACAAUUAUGGAAAGGUGGAGCUGCAAUACUUCCAUGAGAAUGCAACUUUUGCCACUGUUGUUGGCACGAAGCCUUCUCCAGUGAUUGAUCUUUCUGGGACAGUAGGUGCUCAAGGAGUUGCAUUUGGUGCAGAAGCUGGGUAUGACACUGCUACGGGAAAAUUUACCAAGUACACUGCUGCAAUUGGUGUAACCAAGCCAGACUACCAUGCUGCAUUCAUUCUGGCGGACAAAGGUGACACCAUUAAAGUGUCAGGUGUUUAUCACCUGGAUGAGAAACAGAAGGCCUCAGCUGUGGCUGAGCUAACCCGGAGGCUUUCAACAAAUCAGAACACACUCACAGUUGGUGGACUGUACACAGUUGAUUCUCAGACAGCCGUGAAGGCAAGGCUCAACAACAAUGGAACGCUUGCCGCGCUUCUUCAGCACGAGCUUAAACCCAAGUCACUCUUGACGAUCUCUGGUGAAUUCGACACCAAGGCUCUGGACAGACCCCCCAAGUUUGGCUUGGCGCUUGCGCUGAAGCCCUGAUCAGAUCACCCCGCAGCGAUUGUUGGUGAAUUUUGAAUUCUUUGGUUGUUUUUCGCAAAGCUGUAGCCAAUAAUCCGUUCCACGAACCUUUUCUGUUAUUCUGGCAAACGUUUGGAGCACUGUGGCUUAGAUCCGGAUGGGUCGUCUACAGGAAUUUUACCUGCCUGCUUUUAUUGUUGGAAGCAUCUGGCCGUCGGUAGAUGUACACUGUGCUCGCUUCUUUAGCACCUAGGCCUCUGCCACUGUGUUACUGAGUAGACGCUACGGUAAUCUUUUGCAUGCAGGAUUAGCAUGCUAAUUUUGUGCGGUGUUUGAUUUA